GAAGAAUACACUAAAAAGUAACCAUAAAAGUAAAAAAAUCAAUACGAAUGAUUAUAAAGAUGAUGAUAAUAACAUUAUAGUAAAGAGUAUAGCUACUCCACCUGCCACUCCACCAAGAAGUCCUCCCAUGACUCCAAUGAUUACACAGACUCCGUCUAGUAGUGAAUCAACUUAUGAGACAGGUCAUCCUAUUACCCCAAUGACAGCACAGACUCCAACGAAUGAUGGGUCAACUUCUGAAUCAAUUAUCAUAACAGCACUGACUCCAACUAGUAAUGGUUCAAUAUCUGAAACUGUCUCCAUAACGGCUCAGAAUCCAACUCUUACAAAUGAAAGAAGCUUUUUACUAAGUCCAAAAUCAUCGGAAGAUUUUCCAACGGUAGAAUCAAAAUCAACCUCUACGGAAUCACAAACUUCACCAACCUCCCGUGCUCCAAGAAUGUCAAAGUCUCGUCCGAUCAUUACUGCUUAUUCAUUAGAAUUACAGGAACAACUUGAAUCCGAAUCUCCAACAAAUAAUGAACCUCCCAAAAAAACCAUUAUUUCUCAUGAUGACAUAAUCAUACCCACUUUAGCAAAAAAACUUAAAAUGAAUGGACAAUUGCCUUAUUCUAAUCAUGAUGCUCUGCUAGGAAUCAGUGAUGAACUUGAUGAAUAUGUUACACCGGGACCAAGACCAGAAUCAGGAUAUAUGGAUGUAACUGAUCAAGUUGAAAAUCUUUUUGAAGAAGUAAACACUCAAGUUGAAGAUGAGCCACUAAAGAAUGCGAAAAAACGAUCGUCAAUUGCAAGCUAUCAACGGCGUCGGCGGCGAUCUGCGCCGAGAAGGCCGACAAGAAUCUCAACUAGAUCUCGUCCAAGUUCUCGAAGGAAUAGUAAAACAUAUAGUAGUGUUGAAGUACAAACUGAUGAUACAAUGUUUGCUUAUCCAGUGGAGGAUGAUCCUUCUAAUGAAGAUGUUAAAAAACGUGAUAGAAAAUCGCGAAGAGAGGAGUUUGUGUUUUUGAUUAAAGAUGAUGAUGAAUUUGAUAUUGAGCCAAUAACACAUUCCGAAUCGUCGACUUCAACUACACCGAAACCACUUGUCCUAGAAAAUGAGCCUAUUGAGCAAAAUGCGAUGUUGGCAGGAAUUAGCAAUAACGAAGGACAAAAUGUCAUGGUUCAUCCAGUUCAAUCCAAUGCUGCACCUACGAUGGUUAUGUUGAAAAAUCAGUUUGCUGUUGUGUCAUCUGUUAAUUUAUUUACAUUCCUAACAUUGCCGAGCAUUCCACGCAUGG